AUGGAAGAAGAUGUCGACACUCCAAUUAUUUUAGGCCGCCCAUUUCUCAUUACGGGAAGAAUGAUAAUUGACGUAGAAAAGGGUUCUUUGAUCCUACGAGAUGCCGAUCAAGAGGUGGAAUUCAAAGUUUUUGAUGCAACCAAGUAUCCCAUUGAUUCAGAGUAUUGUUUCCGUGUAGAAGCAGUAGAUCAUGUUGUUCGACCGCAAUUCAUGGGGGACUACCCAAAAGAUCCACUAAAAGCAAGUUUGGUUCAUGAGAUAGAGGGAGGAGAAGAGCCACACGUGCUCAAAAUGGUAAACUCAUUGGAAACAAAGGCUGUCCCAAUCACCAUUGCCGCACCAACCCUCACUUUGCAAAGAUACUUGGAAGCAAAUUGCAAUCAACAAAAGGAGACCUUCACUCUCCAUGAUCCCGGGUGA